AAACAUUCUGCAUGAUUGAUCUGAUUGAAAAAAAAAAACCAUAUCAAAAUCCGCUACUAUGUCUUUAUCCUCUGUAACGAAACCUCUCAUUUCGGUCUCCAUAUUAGCCGUGGUGGCCAUGCAACUCCCUUUUGUCCGCAGUGUGUUGUCCCUAAACGAGACCAAUGCAUAUCUGCACCACAUAUGCAUUAACGGUGAAGGGACAUUCAAGUCGGGGAGUCCAUACGAGAAAGAAAUCAAACAACUCAUUGAUUUUUUGUCGUCUUUUAUUAAAGACUACAGUUUUGUCCACGGCGUUAGUGGUAUUGGUCCCGAUGAUAUCAACGUCAAGUUCCAGUGCCGAGGCGAUACCUUACAAGCCAAGUGCCGCUCUUGCCUCGUCACCGCCUUCUCCGAGAUUCGUAGUAAAUGUCCGAACAAUAAAGGGAGAAUAAUAUGGUACGACAACUGUCAUCUCGACCUUUCGUCAAUCUAUACCUAUGGCCAGAUCGAUUACAAGAACAAUUUCUAUAUGUACAACUCGAAGGAUGUGAGCGGUGAUACAAAGUCAUUCAACAAGAACACGAAGGCCUUCCUUCAUAAUCUAAAGGCGAAAGCAAGUAGUAAAGAAAACAAACCCUACGUGAAAGACUAUAUGUAUGCAGCGGGAGGGAAAAGUCUUGGGACGGUGAAAUUGUACGCAAUGGUGCAGUGUACGCAGGACUUAUCGCUUAAAAAUUGCACAGUGUGUUUGGAUUGGAUUAUAAAGAAGCUUCCCGAUUGCUGCAACGGUAAACAAGGAGGAAGAGUUUUGAGUCCGAGCUGUAAUUUUAGGUAUGAGCUAUACCCUUUUGUAAAGAAUUAAGACUAUUUUAAUGAGAGCUAUAUAAUUAUAUGUAAUGUUUUGUGUUUGAAUAAGUAUUUUGAGCAGAU